AUGUCUCAAUCUGACAAUUCCCCUGUCAACACCACCAUGAAUGCCGCUUCUAAAACCGUGACACCAAACUCUGACGCUCUUCUCAAUGUCAACAUGACAAAUGUUACACCCCUUACUCCUACCAACUACAUCAUGUGGAGUCGUCAAGUCCAUGCUCUUAUUGAUGGGUAUGGUCUUGCUUCUUACCUUGAUGGAUCUAAGUCCUUCCCGGCUGACACAGUCACUAUCGAUGGCACCAGCUCUCCCAAUCCUGCGUACGUCAACUGCGUCCGUCAAGACAAGCUGCUCUACAAUGCACUUCUCGGUGUAAUCUCCGUCUCCAUCCAGCCGAUUCUCUCUCGUGCUCACACCACUGCUGAGAUCUGGGCUACUCUUGCAUCCACCUAUGCUAAACCGAGUCGCGGUCACAUCCGCCAAAUCAAGCUCCAACUCAAGAACUGGAAGAAGGAUACCAAAACGAUCGAUGCAUAUCUUCAAGGUCUUACCACUCGCUUUGAUGAACUGGCGCUUUUGGGGAAGUCUCUUGACCAUGAAGAUCAAGUGGAGCUCAUCCUUGAAGGUCUUCCAGAUGAGCACAAGACCAUCAUUGAUCAAGUCGAAGGUCGUGAUACACCACCGACCCUCACUGAGCUCCAUGAGAAACUCAUUAACCAUGAGUCCAAGUUGUUAGCGACGCAACCUCUCCUGUCCACGCCAAUCAGUGCCAAUGUUGCUCUACCUCAACGUACCAACAAAAAUCCUCGCUCGCAGAACCGGUUCACUCAACGCAACAACAACUGGACUCCUUCGUCUCGUCAACCAAAUGAAUUUCGAGCACCACGUCCCUAUCUCGGUCGUUGUCAGAUCUGUGGUACUCAAGGCCAUAGUGCUAAACGCUGCUCUCAACUCACCCUGUUCCAACAACAACAACCAAGGGCUAACUUCACCACGACUAAUCCUUGGCUGCUUGACUCUGCUGCGACCCAUCACAUAUUCUCUUAUCUCGCCAAUCUCAGCCUUCAUCAGCCCUAA